AUGGUUUCAAAAAUAAAAAUAUCACUGGAGGGGUCAAUAGACCUGACAGCAGCCUAUGAUACGGUCAGAUAUAGAAUUUUAUUAGAUAAAAUCUACAACCUCACUAAUGACAAAGGUUUUACAUGGAUAAUAAAAAAACUACUCCAGCAUAGAAGAUUUUACGUGACAUUGGGAUGCAUGAAAAUUGAAAAGAGAAAUCAAAGAAUGGGUUUCCACAACGCAGUGUUUUGGCCCCAAUCGUUUUUAACAUCUAUACGAACGACCAAACGAUCACUCCAGGUGCCAGGUAUUUAA